GAGGAAAAUUCUUAGCUGGCACGGUAUUGCUGAGUGGAUAGAUGGAAACCAGAAUAGCUGGCUAUGAUAAUGUAAAUAGAUAUUUGAUUAGUAACUACUCGAUAUUAAAAUUUAACAUCAAUCCAUACUUUAUUGUGAACUUCCCGAUGAAGAAGUCUUGGGAAUGAUUGAAGACGGCCUAAAACCAAUAUCCCCUAACCUAAGCGACGCUUUCGGAAUGCUGCCAGCCACACCCAAACAUUUUUUCCUAGUUAGACAGCACAGGUAAGACAUGAUCGAUUAUUCGUUCCUCGAAUUUAUUUUCAAUGUUUUCAGAUUCGGAUUCUACCCAUUUGCAUCGAUUUCCCAAACAUUGAGAGAAUUACUGACGAGAACGAUAAUAUGUUUCUGCAAGCCAUCGAAAAUCCUCACCAAACCCCACCCCCUUUUGAAUAUGAAUUCUAUGAGAUCUUCCCCUCUACAGAAUUCUUCAAAUAUGAUAUUACAUUCGCAAAACAAUUAUAUCGCACCAAUAAGUCCGGAUGGCGAGACAAAUAGCAGCAUCAAAAACAACAGCAAUAACAACCCCUACGACUCCACCUAGCACAUCCAGAUAUUCACACUUCCCACCUAAGCCAUCACCUCUGACCCCUCACUCACGCUCUCCUCCCCAAAUCACCCAACCGGUGCUCCCCACCCCCAAAAUCCAACGCGCAAAAAUCAUACUCGGAUUCUCCGGCAUCGGCAAAACACACCUAGCCGCACACGCGAACCGCGAAUUCGAAUGGCUGCACGUAAUCGAUUAUUCUCUGGAGCGACACCACGUAGAUUUCAGCUGCGACUACCAGACGCAGUACUUGCAGACGGUGGCUGCGGCGGUAUCGCAGCCGGGGGUUUUAUUGCUGGGGGGACCGCGAUGGGUGGGAGAGUUUUUGGUGCGGAAUAAUUGGGCGUUUAGUAGUGUGUUUCCGGGGUUGGAGUGCAGGGAGGAGUAUGCGGUGAGGUGGGAUCAGAUGGGGGAGGAGGGAGGGUUGGUUGCGCAUCGGUUGGUGGGGUGGGAGGAUGCAGUUGGGGAUAUGUGGUGGGGGGAGGGGAGGUGUAAUCAUUUUGAAUUGGGGAAGGGGUUUUAUUUGGAAGAUGUUUUUAUGGAUGUUGUGACGGCGGCGGAUCAUGUAGAGGGGUUGGGGGAUGGGGAGAAUGAGGAUGAGGGGAUGGGAAAGGUGUGGUAUGAUGCGCAUGAGAUGUUCCAAGGACCUUUUUCGAGACGGAAAAGAUCACGUACUGAGAAUGAUGUACUACGACAAAUCGUUCAAAGUCUCAAGUCUCGCCAGUCUUCUCGAAUUCGAUCUUUCCUCAACUAUAUUUUUCUGAUACUUCAGUUUAUCUUCCUCUGUAUCCUCGCCACGCUCACCCUACUAGCAUACAAAGAAUGGAAUCUGUGGCAAUCGAGAAACAAGCCAAAUCUCCCCACCAUCGGGGAAUUUUCUGGUCUGGGUGGUCUGAGUAGGAUGCGCAAUAUGCUUAAUCACUGGUUUCUUCCAGACUGUAUAUCGGCCAUCUUGCCAAACUCACGGAAAACGUGGCUCGGCGCGUCUGAUUUCCGGAAAGAACUUUCGAUAUUGGUUCAGAAAUGGUUAGAUUUGGAAGAAUCUCUGUUGGGGUCUUGAUAGGGCUUUUGUGGGUUGUAUAUAGGUACCAAUGAAAUGUAUAUGUUGUUAUGAGGAGGUACUUUCGUGAGGAGAUGCUAUAUGAUAUUGCCAACCAAGUACUGCUUAAGUGUGGCUGCUCAAGAAAAAACGAAUAAAUAUCGAUGCUCUCUUUGCAAGAUUUUAAUUUGCAUGUUUCCUUUUAGAGCA